UUGUCAUAGAAGGAGAUCAGGUUAGUCAAGCAGGACCUGCCUUUCCUAAACCCCUGCUGACUGGGCCUGAUCACCUCAUUGUCCUGUACGUGCCGCAUCAUGGCACUCAAGAUGAUCUGCUCCAUAACCUUCCCCGGCACUGAGGUCAGACUGACAGACCCAUAGUCCUCCAGAUCGUCCUUCUGGCCUGUCUUGGGUGUCACAUAUGCUAACUUCCAGCCAACCAGGCCCUCCCCGGGUAGCCAGGACUGCUGAUAAAUGAUGGAAAGUGGCUUGGUGAGCACUUCCACCAGCUCCCUCAGUACCCCUGGAUGGAUCCCAUCCGGCUCCAUAGACAUGUAUGUGUCUAAGUGGUGUAGCAGGUCGCUAACCACUUCCUCCUGGAUUAUGGGAGAUUCUUUCUGCUCCCCGUCCCUGCCUUCCAGCAGCUCAGGGGGCUAGAUAUCCAGAGAACAACUGGUCUUACUAUCAAAGACUGAGGCAAAGAAAGCAUUAAGUACCUCAGCAUGACCUGAUAGGACAGAUUCAGAGAACCACCAAAUAGUUGAGGCUGGAAGGGACCCCAGGAGAUUGUCUAGUCCAGCCCCUUGCUCAAGCAGGGUUAACCAGAGCAGGUUGCUCAAGACUGUGUCCAUGGCACACAUUCCAUAACUGGAUCUGGGAGGAUGUUUCUUUAGCCAUUAUCCCCUUUAUGGUCAUUCUUUGACUCUCUCUGUAUUCAUAAAUACUUAGUUAUCUGUGUCAUAUCUCAAAUGACAUUAUAGUCAAGACUAUGUCCAAGAUACCGGUUUAUGUUACCUCAGGCAGCAGAAGGAUAAGAAUGUGGUCACUCUCCAAAGUGAGUAGAUGCCUUGAUUGAUCAUUGAAGCCCUAGGUUAAAAUUGGCGGCAACAUUUCCUUUUCUGCUCUCAUUUUGUAAGACAAUACUGACUUAACUUCCUAAAUCCAGGAAAAGGAUGCAGCUAUCUCUUCAAAUACAAAUACAGGAAUCUAACAUUGAUGGAGGGACAGGGCUUAAUGUGUACUACUGUCCAUAACAUUUUCUACAGGUAGCUUCCAGUCCAGCAUGAUGACUUAGCAGUUGUAUUUUAGAAUUUGCUUUAUGAAUUUCUAAGUUUCAGGCAUGUCUCUGUUAGUACUUCAGUACUUACCUGCUGCUGAAGUUUUAUGGACAAGAUCUACUGCCUACAGAAAGACAGUACACAAUAUACAGCCAUAAUAAUUCACCAGUGGAAUUUGACUUUGUACUCCAAACUACAGAAAUAACACAACUUUAUAUGACAAAAAAGAAGUCUUAAAAAGAUGCGUAUUUUUAGAUUAGCAGAACUACUCCUCCAUUAACUAGGAAUGUAAAAAUGCACAUGCACAUGUGCAUGUGUGCUUCAACUCAAGACAUAGACCAGACAUGAAAAAUUUUAGGUGAAACAUGUUAGCUGCCAAAAUGAUCAGUUGAAAACAUAAUAACAUAAGAGGGUAUGACUGGGGAAAAAAGCAACAGUCAAACACGUGGCAUAAAUGCUCGCUUAGAAUUUGUAAUUUUUCAUUCUGUUACAGCUUGCCAGAGUUUGAUACUCCCAGUGUGGAAUAUGGCAUCCAAGACAAAGCAGAUGAAACAAGAUACCACGCGUGCUGGGAAAAACAAGCAAGAAGCAAGAACCAAGAAUGGAGAUAUAUCCAAAGGAAUAAGUGACAUGGAAACACUUGUCAAAGAGAGGAAACUGUACUUGCAGAAGGAAUACAAGAUUCUCACUGAACAUAUGAACACAUACAUGGGAAGACUGGAGCAUUUCCUGCAGGAGAACAAAUUUCUAGAAAAGGAAGCCCAACGGAAUCAGGAAGAGAGCAAUGCUUACCUCUCUUACAUAAAAAAACACAGCCAGAAGUGCCAGAAUCUGAUAAUAACACUAAAUGACCAGAAUCACACUGAUCUGUCUCAAGUUCGGAUGCAGAAAGAGAAGGUAAUCUCACAGUAUACAGAAAAAGAGAAGGAGGUAAGGAGCGCUCUGAUGAAUAUGGAGACAAAGUACUCUCUUAUGAAAAAGGAGGUUGAAGACCUGCAGCCUUUCAAAGAUCCAUCUGUUCAGCUGGAACAGAUGAAAAAGAUUAAAGAGCUGGAGAAGGAAUUGUUGGUCACAAAGAUACAGCAUUCAGAUGAAAUGCAGAAAAUCAAGAGCAGAUUUCUGCACGCCAAGGCUGACUGUGAGAUGGACUUUCAUCAGAAGAUCCAAGUUCUCACCAAGAGAGCAGAAGAAGCAGCAAUACAAUCUCUAAUUCAGCAUAUCAAACAAGUAAAAGCAGAGAAUUGGCAUCUGCACCAGGAAUUGCUCAGACUCAUCCAAUACUCAAAAAUCCUUAAAGAAACCAAAGUUCAACUGAGAGAGCAGCAGCAGCAGCUUCUUCGGGAGAACAAAUACACUCAGGACAUGGCACACAUGCACCACUGGUUACACCAGCAUGAGGCACACAACACAAAUUGCGAAACCUACAGCUCUCACAGCCCGUUCAGAUGUGCCCAUUAACCUAAAAAACCACUUCUCCACUCCUUGCUCAUGCCAAUAUAUCAGUAGACGUAGCUGGACUGUCAGCUGUUGCCACUAUUAGUUAGUUAACAGAGUAUACAGAAGUAAGUGUUCUGCAGGUGGAUGAAAGGAUUGAUUUACAUAGCUCAUGCUCAGCAUGCAAUCCAGACCACAGAUCUUAAAAGUAACCUCAGCUUUAGCUUUCAUGACAUCUGUAUUAAGACAUUUGAAACUGCAAUCCUUUCACAUCCCAAAAUAAACAAUGACAUUUUCUCUUUGAGAUCAGACUUUGAUGUUUCAUUAAUUAGUAAUUUACCAUGGGCAAAUUAUAUUCUUAGACAUAGUGAGGCAAUCUCUAUAUUACUUUUCACUACAAACUACAUCUACUGAUACCAUAGUAUGAACCAAUGUCGGCCAGCUCUUCCCUUCAGCAACAUUCAUUUUCCCAAAUCUUCUACGUGGCAAGGACUUUAUUCUACCUUCUGCUAGUCUCCAAAGGACAGAAAAUAAAUAUGCAAGCAACCAAAUCCUUUAAACAAUAUAAGCAGUUGAGGUAUUUGACCGUUGGUCAUAACUAUCAAUAAAAUACAUUCACUGAAUAUAUUCUUAGCAACUUUUACUUUCUUCUCAUUCUUUUCUUGCUUUAGUGUUUCACUUGAGAAGCAAGACGUAGAGAGUUCUGUUUCUAAUAGGCUGCUGCUACCUUCACUUUCCAAGUUGAACACUUCUGGAUUUUGGUUACCUCAUCAACAAUGACACCAGAGGUCGCCCUUACUUUAAGUUUUAAUACUCACACAGGGAUCUUUCAUAGAGAAGCAGACCUUAGCUGAGAUUGGAAGAGACCUCAAAGAAGGGUCAAGCAGAGCAGGGCCACUUUCAGUGGCUUUUGAGUAUCUCCAAGGAUGGAGGCUCCACAGCCUCUCUGUGCAGCCUGUUCCAGUGUUUGACCACACUUAAAACAGUAAAACAAGUUAUUUCUUACAUUUAAAUGGAAUUUCAAUUCCAUCACAAAUUUCAAUUUCAGAACAGUCCAGCUCUGUCUUCCCCCCUGCUCCACCUGAUAUUUAAACACUUUAGUAAGAUCCCCUAAGCCUUUUCCAGGCUAAACAAUCCCAGCUCUCAGCCUCUUCCUGUAUCACAGAUGCUCCAAGCCUUAAUCAUCUUUGUGGCCCUUUGCUGGACACAAUCCUGCAUGUCCACGUCUGUCUUAUACUGGGGAGCCCAGAAGCAUACAGGAUACCCUAGGUGUGGUCUCUCAGUGCUGAGUAAAAGGGAAGGAUCACCUCCUUCAAACAGCUGGCAAGGUUCUUCCUAGCACAGCCCGGGAUGACGUUUGCCACCUUUGCUGCAAGAGCACAUCUGCUGGCUCAUGGCCAACCUGGUGUCCACCAGGACCUCCCGGUCCUUUCCUGCCAAGCUGUCUUCUAGCGUGAUAGCUGCCAGCCUGUACUGGUGCAGGGGUUUAUUCCUCCCCAGCUGCAGGACUUGCCUUUUUCCAGUGAUGAAGCUCACAGGGUUCCUGUUGGCCCAUUUCUCCAGCCUGACAGGGUCCCUCAGAAUAGCAGCACGACCAUCUGCUCCGUCAACCACUCCUCCCUGUUUGUGUCAUCUGCAAACUUGCUGAGGCUGCACUCCAGCCCACCAUCGAGCUGAUUAAUGAAGAAACUAAACAGUACUGGCACCUCUAUUGACCCCUUGGGUACACUACUAGCAACUGACCUCCAGCCGGACUUCACGUCACUGAUGACAAACCUUUGGUUCCAGCAGUUCAGCAAGUUUUCAGUCUGUCUAACCAUGCACUUAACUAGUCUGUACUUACUCAGUUUGUCAACAAGGACAUUGUGGGAAUCAGUGUCUGCCAGAACACGCUGCUAACAAGAAAAGGUUUGCAUUGUUGGCAUUAGCAAUCUCAAUUGCUAGAUUAAAAAAAAGUAGGAAUUUUUUUUACAGUGCAUUUGAAUGAUACCAGGUGCUGAGAGCAAUGUCUGACAUCCCCUGCUGACACUAGCACACUUUAGUUAUCGUGGUUCAGCCCCAGCUGGGAGCCAAGCACCAAACAUCCACUCACUCACUCCUCCUGCUCCCAGUGGGAUGAGGAGGGGAAUUGAAAAAAAAAGUAAAACUCGUGGGU